UCUUUACCGACUCUUCUUCUCGCAUCAGGAAUUUGUAACGUGCCAUAUUUUUACCAAUGGGUAUAUCUGGAGAACCAAAUGUCACCACGGAACAGGGCAAUUUCAAGUUUUUGAAAAUGCCAGCGGUUUAUGCCUCGGCACAUUUCAUCGGAGCUUUCUUAUCGCUGCGUUCUGCCAUUGAAGCUUCAUCCUAGGACUGGAUUGGCCGCUAAUGGUCCCAGCUGUGAGAUUUCGUUAGCUCGCGGAGACCGCAGUUGUCAUUGAUCCAUUGAAGGAGCCUACAUACAGUAACCUACAGGGAAAAAAACGGCGAGAUGAUGUGCGAGGUGAUGCCCACCAUCAGCGAGGACACGGCUCAGCGGGGCUCCCAGAGCAGCACCUCGGACCCAGACUCCCACUUUGAGCAGCUGAUGGUCAACAUGCUGGAUGAGAGAGACCGCCUGUUGGACACGCUGAGGGAGACCCAGGAGAGCCUGGGGCUGUCCCAGCAGCACCUGGAGGACGUUAUCUACGACCGGGACUCACUGCAGCGCCAGCUCAGCUCCGCCCUGCCUCAGGAGUUUGCAGCCCUGACCAAGGAGCUGAACGUGUGCAGAGAGAACCUUCUGGAGAAGGAGGAGGAGAUCUCUGAGCUCAAGGCUGAGAGGAACAACACCAGGUUGCUUCUAGAGCAUCUGGAGUGCCUGGUGUCCAGGCAUGAGCGGUCACUACGAAUGACCGUGGUCAAGCGGCAGGCCCAGUCACCCUCAGGCGUAUCCAGUGAGGUGGAGGUCCUCAAAGCGCUCAAGUCCCUGUUCGAGCACCACAAAGCUCUAGACGAGAAGGUGAGGGAGAGACUGCGGGUGUCGCUAGAGAGGGUCUCUGCAUUGGAGGAGGAGCUAACAUCAGCCAACCAGGAGAUUGUGGCCUUACGGGAGCAGAAUGCCCACAUCCAGAGGAAGGUGGCAUCAGGGGACGGGUCAGAGGACAUACUGGAGGGCGCUGAUGCCAGCCAGAAGGUACAUAGCAAGCGCCUGUCCAACGGCUCCAUGGAGUCGGCCCAUGAGGCGGGCCAGGUGGUGGAGCUGCAGGACCUGCUGGAGAAGCAGAACUAUGAGCUGGCCCAGAUGAAGGAGCGCAUGUCCUCCCUGUCGUCCCGUGUCUCCGAGGUGGAGCAGGAGCUGGACACCGCGCGCAAGGACCUCAUCAAGACAGAGGAGAUGAGUACCAAGUACCAGAGGGACAUCAAAGAGGUGAGGAGAGAGGCUAUGUGUCAGAAGGAGGACAUGGAAGAGAGGAUCGUCACUCUGGAGAAGCGGUACCUCAGCGCCCAGAGAGAGUCCACCUCCCUGCACGACAUCAGUGACAAACUGGAGAAUGAGCUGGCCAAUAAGGAAGCCUUCCUCAGACAGAUGGAGGAUAAGAACAGGCAGCUGCUGGAGCGUUUGGAGCUAGCAGAGCAGAAGCUGCAACAGACCAUGAGAAAGGCUGAGACCCUGCCAGAGGUGGAGGCUGAACUGGCCCAGAGGAUAGCAGCACUCACCAAGGCGGAGGAGCGCCACGGCAGCAUCGAGGAACGCAUGAGGCACCUGGAGGGCCAGCUGGAGGAGAAGCACCAGGAGCUGCUCAGAGCUCGGCAGAGAGAAAAGAUGAACGAGGAACACAACAAGCGCCUGUCGGACACGGUGGACAGACUUCUUACAGAGUCCAACGAACGUCUUCAGCUCCACCUGAAAGAGAGGAUGGCUGCUCUGGAAGAGAAGAACGUUUUAAUACAAGACUCGGAAGGCUACAGAAAACAGUACGAGGAUUCAAUCCAUGAAAAAACUCAUCUGGCAGAUGAGAUAGACAAGCUGAGAUCAGAGUUGGACCAGUUCCGACUGAGAACAGGCUCACUCACAGAACCCACUCUGUCACGGUAUGGGUCUCACCUGGACACGUCGGGGGAGCUCCGCUUCUCCCUGGGCUCCCUGGCUGAGACCCAGUCAGACCACUACCGGUCAGCCAAGGUCAUCCGCAGGCCCAGGAGAGGACGCAUGGGUCUCCGCAGGGACGAGAGCAAGGCUAAGUCACUGGGGGAGCACGAGUGGCGCUCUCAGCAGCUAGGCAUCCUGGGUAGCCACCCGUUUGAGAGUGAGAUGUCUGACAUGUCGGACAUUGAUGACGAUGACCGGGAGACCAUGUUCAGCUCCAUGGACCUGCUGUCCCCCGGCGGUCACUCAGACGCCCAGACCCUAGCCAUGAUGCUGCAGGAGCAGCUGGACGCCAUUAACAAAGAGAUACGACUGAUCCAGGAGGAGAAGGAGUCGACAGAGCUGCGGGCGGAGGAGAUAGAGAACCGUGUGGCCAGCGUCAGCCUGGAGGGUCUCAACCUCGCCCGUAUGCACCACCCAGGAGCCUCCAUCACCGCCUCGGCCACCGCCUCCUCCCUGGCCUCUUCCUCCCCGCCCAGCGGACACUCCACCCCCAAGCUGGACCACCGCAGCACCGCAGACAUGGAGCGCAUGGGUAUCAUGACACUGCCCAGUGAUCUGAGGAAACACAGGAGAAAGAUUGCGGCCACCGACGAUGACGGCCAGGACAAGGCUACCAUCAAGUGUGAGACGUCCCCUCCCCCCACGCCCCGGACCGUACGCAUGACCCGCACACUGCCAGCCUCCUCACACAACGAGGCCCGAGGCAUUGCUGCCAACCUGGAGGCAGAGGCCAGUGCUCUGAGCAGCGUAGCCAGCAGUCAGGACUCCAUCAACAAGCAGCCCAAGAAGAAGGGCAUCAAGUCCUCCAUCGGACGCCUGUUUGGCAAGAAGGAGAAGACCAGACUGGCACAGCUGCAUGCCCACAGGGAGGCCAUCGGGCAGAGCCAAGGAGUGUCUGAUCCAGACCUGGGUCAGGACAUGGCUGUGGGGAAGCUGGGGACUCAGGCUGAGAAAGACCGCCGGCUGAAAAAGAAAAGCGGGCACGAGCUGUUGGAAGAGGCGAGGAGGAAAGGCUUACCUUUCGCCCAAUGGGACGGCCCCACAGUGGUGGCCUGGCUAGAGUUGUGGCUGGGGAUGCCCGCCUGGUACGUGGCGGCAUGUCGUGCCAACGUGAAGAGCGGUGCCAUCAUGUCUGCCCUGUCGGACACAGAGAUCCAGAGGGAGAUCGGCAUCAGUAACCCCCUGCACCGCCUCAAACUACGCCUGGCCAUCCAGGAGAUGGUCUCCCUCACCAGUCCAUCUGCCCCGCCAACCUCCAGAACCCCGUCAGGCAAUGUAUGGGUGACCCACGAGGAAAUGGAGACCCUCGCAGCACCCUCCUCGAAAACGAGGUCCGGGGAGUCCGAGGAGGGGAGCUGGGCGCAGACUCUAGCAUAUGGUGACAUGAACCAUGAGUGGAUAGGGAACGAGUGGUUGCCCAGUCUAGGACUACCUCAGUACCGCAGCUACUUCAUGGAGUGCCUGGUGGAUGCCCGCAUGCUGGAUCACCUCACCAAGAAGGACCUCCGGGUGCAUCUCAAAAUGGUGGACAGCUUUCACAGGACGAGUUUGCAGUAUGGUAUCAUGGGUCUGAAGAAGCUCAACUAUGACAGGAAAGAGCUGGAGAGACGCAGAGAGCACAGCCAGCAUGAAAUGAGAGACGUGCUGGUGUGGAGCAACGAGCGGGUGAUUCGCUGGGUCCAGAGCAUCGGCCUAAAGGACUAUGCCAACAUCCUGCUGGAGAGCGGCGUGCACGGGGCCCUGGUCGCCCUCGACGACAACUUUGACCACACCAGCCUGGCGCUGCUCAUCCAGAUCCCCAACCAAAGCACUCAGGCACGUCAGAUUCUGGAGAGGGAAUAUAAUAACCUGCUAGCCCUGGGCACUGAGAGACGACUGGACGAGUAUGAAGAUAAUGACCUCCGGGGGCCGUCGUGGAGGAGGCAGUUCCCCCCGCGGGACGUCCACGGGAUCAGUAUGAUGCCCGGCUCGGCAGAGACCCUCCCCGCUGGCUUCCGCGUCACCACCGGCUCACACUCCCGUAGGCUACCCCCCGAAGUGCUCUAUGAGGCGCUGGAUGACAGUCCUGACGACAUGUAUUUGGACUGGUUUCAAGGUCAGAUAUACUGGAGCUAUACCAUGUGGCCUGUUGUUGGCCUGUGUGCCUUUACGCCCCCCAAAACUCCCCGGUUCCUGCUGUCCACCCUACCGUACCUCCUCUCUUCUCCAACUGUCUUCUCUCUCUACCUCUACUGCUCUGUUCCUCUGUUUCGUUCUGCCCCUGAUGCCAACUACAAGGGUGACCAUUUGUUUGUCAAGGUUGUCAGUUUGUUAUAGUAGACAUGUUGUGUGUCAAGUAAUUGUUACUCAGGUUACUGUUAUUAGUACAGUAGUUGGUAGUUGCAGCCUCUGCUGCUGCACCCUUGAAGUUAAAGCAAUGAAUCCCCUAUACAUAUGUUAGUUGAGCUACGUUAGUUGAGCUAUGUUAGUUGAGAUAUGUUAGUUGAGCUACGUUAGUUGAGCUACGUUAGUUGAGCUACGUUAGUUGAGCUACGUUAGUUGAGCUAUGUUAGUUGAGCUACGUUAGUUGAGGUACGUUAGUUGAGAUACGUUAGUUGAGCUACGUUAGUUGAGCUACGUUAGUUGAGCUAUGUUAGUUGAGCUACGUUAGUUGAGCUACGUUAGUUGAGCUACGUUAGUUGUUGAGCUACGUUAGUUGUUGAGCUACGUUAGUUGUUGAGCUACGUUAGUUGAGCUACGUUAGUUGUUGAGCUACGUUAGUUGAGAUACGUUAGUUGAGCUACGUUAGUUGAGAUACGUUAGUUGAGCUACGUUAGUUGAGCUACGUUAGUUGAGCUACGUUAGUUGAGAUACGUUAGUUGAGAUACGUUAGUUGAGCUACGUUAGUUGAGCUACGUUAGUUGAGCUACGUUAGUUGAGAUACGUUAGUUGAGCUACGUUAGUUGAGAUACGUUAGUUGAGCUACGUUAGUUGAGAUACGUUAGUUGAGCUACGUUAGUUGAGCUACGUUAGUUGAGCUAUGUUAGUUGAGCUACGUUAGUUGCCCUGUAAUAAAGAUUUAUGAUAGAAAAGAUGGAUGUUUUACAGUUGCCGGUUUGUGUCACUCCUCGCCCUGUUGUUAAAAGAGGAUGCUGGUCAAAAUGUUCACGUUUUCAAGGGGACGAGAGAUGUAUUGAAACUUGCGUCUGUGAUUGUGGCCCAGUGAGUUACAGCUGGUCUGUAGUACAGCAGGCUGCAAUAUGCCAGAACUCACUCCGGAAUUAUGGACGCAACUUCUGAUACAAGUAAGUCUGUCGCUGACAUCCGAUUGCAGGUUUUGACCAGAAUUCUUCUCUAACACUCUGUCCCCAGUGUAAUCGAGCUGCCUUCCUGUAUCUGCCUCUAUCUGUGGGCCCUGGUCUGUGGUGGUGAUGACAUUAACAGACUUGUUCCUGUACGAGGUGUGAUUCACUCAAAAUGGCCACGUGCACUCCUCCUCUGAGUGUGCGAUGCAAUGUGCCUUGGCUUUGCUAGCUGACAUUUUGACUAACCUCUUUCCCAUGUGUGGUGCGUGUGUGUGCAGUGUUGUAUCCACAGUAUGGUCUACUGUACCCCUAGCCCUUAUCAACUGGUUUAGAGUCCGUUUUGUAUGUCUCUCUCAUUUGUUUGUCCCUC